AUGAGAGGAGGAUCGCUGAUUGCCACCGCCCUUGUGGCUGGUUCCGCCAGUGCCGCCCAGCACCGAAUGCCGCUGAAGAAGGUGCCGCUGUCUGAGCAGCUUGCCUCCGCCAACAUCGCCCAGCAUGUCGAGCAUCUGGAGCGCAAGUACAGCCAGCAGUCGCCGAUGCAGAACCUCUACAAGAGCGACGAGAGCGAGUUCGCCAUCCUGCCUGAGAAGAAGCACCCCCACGUCGUGCCCGUCGACAACUUCUUGAAUGCGCAGUACUUCUCCGACAUUGCCAUUGGCACGCCGAAGCAAGAGUUCAAGGUCGUGUUGGACACCGGCUCCUCCAACCUGUGGGUGCCCAGCCAAGACUGCGGCUCCAUCGCUUGCUACCUGCACACCAAGUAUGACCACAGCGACUCGAGCAGCUACAAGAAGAAUGGCUCGUCUUUCGCCAUUCAGUACGGCUCUGGAUCGCUCGAGGGCUACGUCAGCCAGGAUACUGUGUACAUUGGCGACCUCAAGAUCAAGCACCAGGACUUCGCUGAGGCCACUUCCGAGCCCGGUCUGGCUUUCGCAUUUGGCCGCUUCGACGGCAUUAUGGGUCUCGGCUACGACACCAUCUCCGUCAACGGCAUCGUGCCUCCCUUCUACAACAUGCUCGACCAAGGCCUCCUUGACGAGCCCGUCUUCUCCUUCUACCUCGGCGACACCAACAAGGAAGGCGACGACUCUGUUGCCAUCUUCGGCGGUGUCGACAAGGACCUCUACAAGGGCGAGAUGGUGAAGAUCCCCCUGCGCAGGAAGGCAUACUGGGAGGUCGAUCUCGAUGCCAUUACCUUUGGAGACGAGUCCGCUGAGCUCGACGGCACCGGCGUCAUCCUCGACACCGGCACCUCUCUCAUCGCCCUGCCCAGCACUUUCGCCGAGCUCCUCAACAAGGAAAUCGGUGCCAAGAAGGGCUUCAACGGACAGUACACCGUCGAGUGCGACAAGCGCGACUCCCUGCCCGACCUCACCUUCACCCUGACCGGCCACAACUUCUCCAUCAGCUCCUACGACUACAUCCUCGAGGUCCAGGGCAGCUGCAUUAGCGCCAUCAUGGGCUUCGACAUCCCCGAGCCUGCCGGUCCCUUGGCCAUCUUGGGUGAUGCUUUCCUGAGGAAGUGGUACUCCGUCUACGACCUCGGCAACAACGCCGUUGGCCUCGCCAAGGCGAAGUAA